GUUCAGCGCGACGAAGGUUCGUUCUACCGGUGGUCCGGUCCCCCGAUUGGCCGAGCAGCAAGUGUAGGCAAUGCCAAAUCGUGAUAAUAGUGCUGAUAAGCGUCUUAAAGAAAAGCAGAGCAGCCAUAAAGUUUCAGUCACUGAAAAUGAACUGGAACCAGUGCACAAGCCACUACAACGUUAUAAACGGUUUCACAGAACAAGACGUCAUUCAAGAGUUAACGGUGAUUGUGAAGAAGUAAUGGAUAAAAGUAGAAAUCAUGACAGUGUUGCGUUACCCAAGAAAAAUGGCAAACAUUGUAUUAAAAAGAAAAUUGAUAGAUUAGCUGAAGAAAAUCGGAUAUUGACAAUGAAACUUGAAAGUUCUGCGAUGAAUCCUGAGACUAUUGCAGAAUUAAGAGAAAAGGAUUCUUUAGUGUCAAAAAUCUGCAAUAAAUAUCAGAAAUUGUUAAAAAAUCAUGACAGCCUUCAACAAGAAUGUGAGAGAUUAAAUACUAUUUUGGCAGAACGUGAAACAGAAUAUCAUCAGCUGCAUGCUUAUUGCAAAGAAUCUAUCGAAGCUUUACAAAAGAUAGAGAAAACCAAUUCUAAUCUUCUAACAUUUAAUCAAAGAUGCAAAUCUGAAAAUGUUCAACUAAGCGAAGAUGUACUGCUUUUAAAAAAUGUGAUAUAUUGUUUAAAUGCAGAACUAGAAAAAUAUCAAGAUAAAAUGAGAGAAUUGGGACAAAGUGCAUUAUCUAAAAAUACUAAUAACAUGUUAGAUUCUAAGAGGCCAAUAGAUGAUAUGAAGAAAAUAUUAGAGUCAUGGGGUUCUGUAAAUACUCAUGUAUUAGGUCCGCUUUUAGAUGCUUAUCAGGAAAAUCUGUCAGAGAAGCAAGAACUUUUAAAUAAAUAUGAAGAGAAUAUUGCAAAUUUUAGUACUAGAUGUAAAGAAGUUGUCGUAGAGAAUGAGUGCAUGCAAAAUGAAAUGGAAAAAUUAAAAUUGAAGUGUACCAGGUAUGCGGAUGAAAUCAAAAUGAUAUCUGAGGAUGCUGACUUACUCAAGGAAUUGAACGAGUGUUAUACAAAACAGGCUGCUCAUCAGAAGCAAAAGAUACAUGAGAUCCAUUCAUUGUACGAACAGAAAGUAGAGGCAAUGUCAUUUGAUAAUAACAGACUUCAUGAGGAAUAUCUUGCAUCAAAGACAGAAUUGAGUAAUCUUCAAGGAAAAUAUGACAUUCUUUAUAAGGAACACGAAAAGUUACAAAAUGACAAUAUGAAAACAAUGUCCAUCGAUGUUCAUAAUGCUGCCGUUGAAGAAUGUAGGCAGCUAUUUGAGAAACUAAAACAUCAGUAUGAAACUGAGAAAGAGAAAGGAUCUACUCGCAUUAAAGAAUUGGAAGAAUUGCACUGCCAAAAUAAAACGCAAUUAGAUGUAGUUACAAUAGAAAAAAAUCAAUUGAAAGUGUCGAAUAGAAAUUUCGAAAAAAGUUUAAAACGAAUGCAACGAAAAUUGGAGCAUUUUCAAAAAAUGGCACAUUCCAUGCAAGUAUCUCGAGACUCUUUCAAGAGACAACUGAGAAAGACUACAACAUACUGCGAGGAAUUGUUCAGUGAAUAUGAAAGAACAGUCGCCGAACGAGAUAAGUUGAUUACAAUUUUACAUGAAACGGAAAAUGAAAAUGCAAGUAUUCAUUUUCUCGGUGAUACUAUUACGCAACGAGUAGGUCAUUUAAAAGAACAAUUAAAGAUCGUACACGAGGGUGCUAAACAACAAUUAGCAUUGGCGGAAAAAAAUAUGAAAGUGCAGCAACUCGGAGUGCAUCGGAUGAAAGAUGAAUAUCAUCAAGAAUUGAAACGUCUUAAGUAUCUGCUAAGGCAAAAAGAGGAAACAAUCGGACAAUUACAAAAAGAGAUUAGCACCACUCGCGAAAACUUGGAACUCAUUUGGAAGACCGCUGCUGUGGACAAUAAAAAAGAUAAGGAAGCGCUGAAACACGUGAAGAUUCAGCACGUUUAGUAAAACUUACAAAUAUAAUCUAUCGGCCAUGAUAAAGGUAUUAAAUGAAUGUUGAAUUUCAUUCGAUAUAAAAAAAAAUACCGUAGAAAUGUCACUGCCAAUGUAAAUUUUACAUGGCCUAAUAUUGAUUAUCGUGAAAAUCACGUUGCCUGCAAAUGAAAACUAGUUAUUGUAUAAUACAAUGUAGCAUAAUUAUCAUACGCUUUAUAAUCUUUGUAAUAUUUAUUACGCAUG